CAGUGCAGACACGAUGGGCCGAAUGGCCUUCUGCAUCAUAACAAUUCUGUGAUUCUGUUUGAAUGUGGAAGGAGAAAUGUUUGUCUGUUUUGACUGUGGGAAAAGAUUUCAAACAUCAGUGUAACUGGAAAAGCACUGAGACAUUCACACACCCGAGUAGGAAUGUUCCAGUGAACUGACUGUGGAAAGAGCUUUAACCAAGUACACAGUCUGAAAACACAUCGCAUUGUUCACAGCGGAGACAAACUAUCCAUGUGUUCUGUAUGUGGACGAGGCAUCAACUGAUCAUCCAACCUGGAGGGAGACAAGGACACCCACCCCAUGGAGAAUCCGUGGAAUUGUGGGGACCGUGGGAUGGGAGUCUUUUCCCCGUUUGAGCUGGGAACUGAUCAACGCAGUCAGACUGCGGAGAGACCAUUCACCCAGUCCAUGUGUGGGAAUGGACCUACUCAGUUAUCCAGUGCAUUGACAGACCAGCAAGUUCACACUGGGGAGAGGCCGUUCAGGUGUUCUGUGUGUAGGAAGGAAUUUGCUGAAUCAUCUGACCUACUGGUACAUGAGAAAGUUCACACUGAGGAGAGGCCAUUCACCUGCUCUGUGUGUGGGAAAGGAUUCACUCAGUCAUCCCACCUCACUGAACAUCAACUUAUACACGGUGAUCAGAAACCUUUUAAAUGUUCUGACUGUGAGAAGAGCUUUAAAAGCAAGAAGUAUCUGCGAGUACACCAGCGAGUUCACACAGGGGAGAGACUGUUCACCUGCUCUGACUGCGGGAAGGAAUUCGUUCAGUCACACCACCUUCUGAGGCACCAGCGAGUUCACACAGGGGAGAGGCCGUUCACCUGCUCUGACUGCGGGAAAGGAUUCAUUCAUUCACACAACCUUCUGACACACCAGCGAGUUCACACUGGGGAGAGGCCGUACACCUGCUCUGACUGUGGGAACGGAUUCGCUCAGUUAUCCCACCUUCUGACGCAUCAGCGAGUUCACGCUGGGGAGAGGCCAUUUAUCUGCUCCGAGUGUGGGAAGGGAUUCACUCAGUCACACCACCUUCUGACACACCAGCGAGUUCAUACUGGGGAGAAGCCAUUUAUCUGCUCCGAGUGUGGGAAGGGAUUCACUCAGUCAUCCAACCUUCUGACUCACCAGCAAGUUCACACUGGGGAGAGGCCAUUCACCUGCUUUGAGUGUGGUAAGGGAUUCACUCUGUCAUACCAGCUUCUGAUGCACCAGCGAGUUCACGCUGGAGAGAGGCCGUUCACCUGCUCCGUGUGUGGGAAGGGAUUCACACAGUCAUCGAACCUGCUGAUACACCAGCGAGUUCACACUGGCGAGAGGCCAUUCACCUGCUCUGUGUGUGGGAAGAGAUUCACUCAGUCAUCCCACCUACUGAAGCACCAGCAGGUUCAUACUGGGGUGAGGCCAUUCACCUGCUCCAAGUGUGGGAAGGGAUUCACUCGGUUAUCCCACCUGCUGAGACACCAGCUAGUUCACACUGGAGAGAGGCCAUUCAUCUGCUCUGUAUGUGGGAAGGGGUUCACACAGUCAUCCAACCUGCUGUUACACCAGCGAACACCAGAUAAUCAAGCUCACAACAACAGAUUGUCUUUUCCUGACUUUAUUAACAGCUCUGCAAUCAUACAGAGUAAUUCCUUAUAUGAAUCUGCAGCAUUUUGCAAUUCUUUAAUUAAAGAUGCUGAGAAUGUGGAACUCGUUACCAAAAGGAUUUCAGAUUCCCUUCUGAUCCGGAAACUCAUUGCUCCAGAUCCAGGUGUGAAGCUGGAGCUCUGGGAUUGUGGAAAUCCGGGCCUCCACGCUGAACAAGAGAGAGAUAAACACACUGGCAUCAUGGAGAAACCAUGGAAAUGCGAAGACUGUGGCAAAGGAUUCAAUUCUUCAUCCCGGUUGGAAAUCCAUCGACGCAUUCACACUGGGGAGAGGCCGUUCAGCUGUUCCGUGUGUGGGAAGGGAUUCACUCGGUCAUCUGGCCUUCGGUCACACCAGCGAGUUCACACCGAGAAGAAGCCAUUCAGUUGCACAACCUGUGGCGAGAGGUUCAAGUCUUCAUCCAUCCUCACUGAACACCAGCGAAUUCACACGGGUGGGAGACCAUUCACUUGUUUCGUGUGUGGAAAGGGAUUCACUGAGGUAUUUGCCCUCCAGUCACACCACCGAAUGCACACGAAGGAGAAUCCAUUCAGCUGUACUUCCUGUGGAAAGAGCUUCCGGCAGUCAACCGACCUCCUUGAACACCAACGCACUCACACUGGGGCGAAGCCGUUCACCUGCUCCAUGUGCGGGAAGGGAUUCUCUUGGUCUUCCCAACUGCUGACACAUCAGCGAGUUCACACCGGGGACAGACCGUUCACCUGCUCCUUGUGUGGGGCGGGAUUCACUCAGUCACAACACCUGUUGAGACACGAGCGGGUUCACAAGUGACUGCAGUGAUUGGAUUCUGCUGUUAUUGCUGCUGUUAAUCACACCCAGGACUGAUAAUCUGACAAUAUUUGGGUUGUUUCUGCUGAUGUUAACAACCCUAUAACUGACUGCAGUUUAAUAUUCUGGAGAUGUCACAAUAUCUCUUUUUAAAAGUGCCAUGUACAAUCUUUCUGCUUAAUUCAAGAAUUCUCACCAGGAAUUAGUUUGCAAUAAAAUCAGGAACUUUUACUUGAGUCCUAAAUUGAUUGUUGAUGCGAAAUCUACAAUUCUGCGUCUGAGAGAUUCUACUGAUUACCAUCACCAAUUAGAAAGUGCUGAUUAAUCCUUGCUUACAAUUCUUACCGAUUGCCACAUUCGUCAUAGCGAUGCCUCCUUUUUGAAAUUAAAUUUUAAAGGAACGUGAAACAGAAUAGUAAAAUAUUUUACAGGCACAUCAAUAAAAGCUUCAUCGAUCAACAUUGAUAUUGAUGAAGCUUGGAAGUCGCUGAGUUCAAUCAUUUCUGACACAGCAGCAGCAACAUUUGAUAAAGGUGGAACCCACAUCAAAGACUAGUUUGAGAACUAAUCAGCAGAGGUGACAACUGCCAUUGAAGCAAAAAGCAAAGUCCACCUGAUGCACAACAUAAACCCAACAGUUAGAGCACUGCAUAACUUGAACGUAGCCAAGAUGGUUGUGCAAAAGAGAGGGAGAUACUGUGUAAAUAAACACUGGAUCAGCCUACAGCAAGAAAUCCAAACUGCCUGUGGAAUCUCUAUGCUAUGUAUGAUGGGAUCAAGAGGGCGUUUGGGGUUGACUCCAUGAAAUUGGCAGAUGGUGAAGUACUCACUGACAGAAGUCCUGUGAGUUGAGCACUAUCGUGAGCUGUACUCCCAUGAGACAGACACCCAGUCUCUGUUUGACUCUCUUCAGCAGCUUCUUGUCAUGGGCGAGUUGGAUGCGAAACCCCUCAUCAGUUGAACUCGAAAAGUCCAUUGAUUGUUUAGGAAGCAGAAAGGCUCCUGGCUAGGAUGGAAUUCCAGCUGAACUGCUCAAGCACGGAAAGUCCCAUCUGCCACACCUUCAUGACCUCAAUUCCACAGGACAUGCAUGAUUCAAAAGACAGCAUAUUAUGUAAAAACAAUUAUGGCGAAAAAAAUUGCAACAACUACAGGGCCAUCUCACUCCUCAGCAUCACAGGGAUGACCUUCGCUGGGGUCAUGCUUAAAAGACUUUAUCUACUUGCAGACUGAGUGUAUCCAGAAGCACAGUGCGGUUUCUGUGCUGGCAGAUCUACAGUGAAGAUGAUCUUCUCCAUAUGCCAGUUACAAGAGAAAGUUCAUCUGGUAUUUAAUCUAAAAUGCUGCCAGCUUCUGUGCUGAGACAAGUGAAAUGUUAUAAAUACUGUGUGAAAGUAAACCUUUAAGUAUGAAUUACAAUUGACUUGUAGAAUUGUCAAAGGCACCGAAAAAUUGGAUUCCCCAAAGAUCAGCUUCAGCCUUGAAGUUAUGUUUCAGAGAUCACAAGUUGUGGGAAGCUCCAUCCUCUUUAACUCUUUGAUCGAAGGAGGUUGAAGUUUACCUGUGAAAGCUGAUUUUGUUUGUUUUAUUUUUCUUCAGUUUUAUUAGUCAUUUGGAAAGGUGCCUGAAGGAGAAUGAAAAAAAAGUAAUAUGGGGCAAAGCUGAAAAAAAAACAGAAUUGGAAACGCAAAGUUUAAGAUGGUAUUUGGUUCGUCUUUGACCUGAAAGGAAAAGUUCCGUAGAGUCAACAUAAUUGUGCACAAUUUGAGAAUGUUUGCUCCAACCCCUUUGAAAACAAGCAGAGGAGUUAACCCUCUCCACUGACAACAUGGUGACGGAUUGAACUAAAGACUUUGCCUUUUAAAGAUUUGGUUUCAUGCCAAUUGUCAUCUUUCAAGACAAAGUGCUUGAGGAGGAGAGAUAUGGGAGUUAUCUCCAAACUAAUUGCAAAUACUUGUGUCUCUGCUCUACAAAUAGUAUAUUAUGUGAAUAUUGAAUUGGACAGUAAAGUUUCUCCAGGGCUUCCGAAUGAGAUAGAAUGGUAAUUAAUGGGAUGUCCCAGCUAGAAUAAAAGAUAAAGAAAAUCACAACACCAAAUGGGAAUUGGAAUAACUCACCCUGGGUAUAGUUCAAUAGAAUAGAUCAAUCUGGUAUCCAUAUCCAUUCUAGUGAAAGUCAGGAACAUGUAAACGAGACUCGUAAAUUGAUAGCUUUCUCUCGGAGAUACUUGUAUUCUUCCCUUUGAACUUUUUUAAAAACCUGAAUUUGAUAGUCUGGCUACUACCUGAGGUAUUGGAACUUGCAGGGGGGAGUUAAAUCAAGAUCUUCAGACAGAGGGCCCCCGCCAACUCUUUUCUCCACCACCCCCGCCCCCCCCCAUCUUUUGGCAGGAUUACCUGAAAGCCCAAGAGUGACUUGUGUCAGGUGGUCCAUGGGGCAUGAUACUGAGAUACCGCUGUGAGUGUGCAGAUGUGAUAUGUUAUUGUGGUGUAAUAAACAUGCAGAAAUGCACGGUGAACCUGCACUGAAGACUAAGACCCCAGACAUGCUCAGCUGCUCAAACAGGACAACAUGAAGUGAAUCAUGUGGUCAGUAUGAGGCAACAUUUUAAAUCAUCAACAUAUUGACACAUAGUCCAUGGAGAAACUGACCUUAAACAAUCCAGACAGAAUUAAACGCACAGGUAUCUAUCAGAGGGAGUAAAAUUAAAGUGAAUAUGCAUUUAGAAAAUAUCCACAAGGUGGAUGGCAGGUGAACAGAGAGCUGGAGAAUCUUUAAAGUCCAUGCAUGAACUUUUGUUUGAACCAUAUGUAUUUAUGAAAUGCCAAUGUGGUUUUGUGAAAGGGAAAUCGUGUUUGACAAAUUAGAUAGAGUUCUUUAAGGAUAUAACAAGCAGAGUUGUGAAAGGGAGACUGAUGUACGUAGUGCAUUUGGAUUUC